AUGUACGCGGUGGACAGAGAAGGAUACUGGUAUGUGCAGGAUGCUACCGGCAAUUUCGUUCUGCAGCCGAGCUACCAUCAGUACGGCCAUACUCCACACACUUCACUGUUCCCACUCGAUAGUCAGGGACGGUUCACGCUGCCAAUGAAUGCUCGCGGAGAGAAAGCAUUUCCGGUGGAUGCCAACAAUUUACCGAUAUUUCCAUACGAUACAACCACCCAUAUGCCGACAUUUCCGGUCGACGAGAACGGACAUCCAGUCUUUCCA